AUGUCGUUCGCAUACAAGGUGGACGAACUGCUUGCACUUCGCGACUCGGUGUCGGAAUCAGCUGUGUCGAUUGAGAAGUUUCCUAAUGAGGAUGUGAUCAGAGAACACGUCCUACGCCCCUCAGUGUCCGCUUCGGCGAAUCUGUCUAGCAGAGCAUCGAACAGAAGCCUACGUGUACCUACUCCGGCGGCUCUCGUUCCUUUCGGCCCUCAGAAGCGGCCAUCGCCGACGCCGUCGAUUAAGCGUGGCAAAGCAGAGAAACUUCUCAAAGAACACGGAAGUCCCCCUGGUAUACGAGUUACCGCGGGUGGCCGUAUAGUUCCUAGCGACCUUCCACCGCUCGGCACGUCCCGAUACGGCGACACCGCUUACAGACCACAACCACCACUGCGUGUCGCCCCAGGCAAUAUCCCUCAACCGCAGACACAAACAAACGGCAACAAUACCGCUCGCGUUGAAGUCGUUGGCGGUCAACCAGUCAUUUUUGUUGGUGAUCGCAUGUUCGCACUGCCAGCAGUCAACGCAACCAACCCCACGAUACCUCCCACUGGCCCCGCUACUAUGGACACGAUGGCCAAACAGAUGCUGGGCGCUUCCACGUUGGCUACUCACAAUGCUCAAACGGGAGGCGCCUUUGGGCCAUCACGUUCCAGUACUCACACACCAUUUGCUGGCCUGGACCUGACGACACUCAAGGCGCAACAAGCGCUGAAGAAGCAAGAGCUGCGAACCGUAGAGCAGACCGAGGUAUUGCAAGCUGGUCACCAGAGCGAGGCAUGGCGCGCAGGAAUGAUCGAAAAGAAGCGGUGCCUGAUCGUCGAGCUUGAUGCGCUUCGAAAGCAAAUAACAGCCGCUGAAUCAGAGGGUAGUACUGCUCAACACAGCACCUUCUCUGGAGCGAACGCUUUAGGCUCAGCACCUAUGCCGACUUUUGGACCGCAAUACCAGCCAGGAUAUGCUCCUCCCAUGUACCCAUUCGCAGCACCGUAUUCACCUCUGCCGAUGUUCCAACCCCAACCCCAGCCUUUUGGUCAAUUUCCCAACUUUACUGCUGUCGAGCCUACACCUUUUGUCCCAGCCGCGGCAAACCCGCCUCAUUCUCCUCCAGGAUCAGCUAGUCGUCGUUCUAGAGCUAUUGAGAUCAAGCCACCACCUCCAGAGGAUGUCAAGAAGGGAUCUAUCUUGAACCCAAAGAGCCCUACAUACGAGCCCGUUACCAAGUCCAGCACCACGCAAGGCGCUGUACCGCCCACUCCCUCGCCAGAGAAGCGAUCUCCGUGGCGAGCACAACAACAGCAAGAACAGGGCAAACAUGACCGCCGGGCGUCAUCGCAGAAGCAUAGUCUGUCUAGCGUUGAUACCAUGGAUUUCUUCCCUACAAACACACAUGAGCAUUCCUCAACACGCGUAGCCCCACAGGCCAAGGAGACCGGGCACUCGUCCGAUGAGAACACUGCUGUCCCAUCUACACCGGAGAAGCACUGGCCUGCUAGUCCUUGGAAUGAAGGCGAUUCUGGUCGCUCAAGGCAAAACGAGCCUGCGCCUAAGCUCACUUCGUGGCCUGAGGCAUUUGGCAAACAACCUUCUAUGACUGCUGUACAGCAGAACGCUUUUGAGAAGCCCUUCUCCACCAUGGUUGAGCGAGCUCCUGCAAUGGGCGCCAACACGUCGACUUCCGCUUCGAGUAGCUUCAUCGCGCCACGCGCCAACUCGGACCAACGUACUAGUACAGAUGAGAACUGGCCGUUCCAUGGCAAGCCGGUAACAUAUGUUCCGUCCACAUAUCAGGAGGGCUACCAGGCCGGUUACGACCAUGUUGGCAUUCCUGACAGUCCCGAGGUUCUGCAAGGCUACAUCCAGGGUCUUUUGCACUUCCUCACAGACGAGUCGAAGAAGCGUCAAGCUGAGUAUCAACACGGCAUUGACUCUAGGACACCCUCGUUACGAGCGUUAGUUGCCGGGUCUCUUCCCCAAGACCCUGCUGCCAGUAUGCCUUUGAACAACAACAACGCCAAUGGAGGUCAGGAAAACAUUCGCUCAACGAAGGGCAAUCUGCAAGACGAUGUCCGUCGUGACUCGGAAUACGGUCAGCAAGGGAAUGUUAAGGAAAUUCCAGUGCAAUACAUGGCUCGCAGCGAAGUUAUUCCGGAACGCCAUCGCAUCGCCUCUGCCGCGCAGCACCUGAACCCUCCAGUGAUCGUUCCACGGAGGCUUGCGUCUAACUACCGACAGGCUGCGUUUCCGAGCAUCGAGAACGAUACAAGUCGAGGCAUGAAGAAUCCAGUUAAUUUGUCCAAGGCGAACAACCCCUUAGACAGUGGCGUGGUUCAGCAUAUCUUCGGCAAUCAAACCCAGAAUCGCAACUAUGGCACGUCACUGAGCUCGCAGCGCUUCUACCCAACGCUCAAGGAAGUGAGUCUGGGCGAACUUGGUACCCAUGGCGCACCUGUCCCUCGGCACUUUGGUAACCACCGCUUGUCAGGACUGGACGGCGCCAUGGACGAUUUGUCGGAGAUGAUCAACGAUACGCCUACUGACGAGCGUCGGUCUUCGGUUGCAGGGGACCUUCGUUCGGCUGAAGCACCUGUCCCCUUUGAGUAUGAGGAGAGCAGUACAAGCUGCUUCAAGGUGCCCAGCAGUAAGGGCAAGCAGAAAGCGACGUCUUCUCCAACAAAGGCCGCGGAUGUCGAGCGUAGUGCUGCUACAUCUUCGCCGGCCAACCCACCUAGCUCGCCUAAGAAGUCUGAAGAGCAUUCACCCGCAAAAGCGAAGCUGGAACAGGUGACCAACAAGUUUCGACGCAGCAAGAAGGACGACCCUCGAACCAUGUCUCCAGACGAGAGGCAGAAACGUUCAGACAAGUGGCGACAGCGCUUUCGGGACCUGAAGAGGACGGAGAUCGAGGAGAUCGAGGCGCAUCGUAGGAACUCGCGCACCUGA